AUGUCCACUGUGGCUACAUAUAAAGACUUCAAGCUGGUGAAAGGGCAGCUGCAGGUUACUGCGAAGGAAUGGAUCAAAACUGGAAAAAAGAAGCAUGUAGAGAAGAUUAGCAAUGCUACCGUUGUUUUGGUCCUCCAGGAUACGACGCGAAAGAAGGGAGAUAUCACGAUCCGAGACAAUGUUUCUCGCUGUGGUAGCGGCGCCUUCAAAGAUGUGUUCAUGCUUGACAACUACAAUUUUGUAGUUAAGAUGAUGACAGAUGGGAAAACCAAGGCUGAGUGGGGAGCAGAGCAGCAUAGAUUUGACAAGUACAAAUCCGUCGUGGAGAAAGAAAUGAUGUAUUGUUUCGGGCAAAUCUUCUUGGAGAAGACCAGUGUGAGAGAGGGUGAUUUUUUUGAAGGAAAUUCUUCAAUGGUAGAAGGUGACGCAUCUAUCCUGCUUGCAGAGAAGUUGAUCUUCACCGGCAAAUCGAAAUUGACAUCAUUCUUCACGACAAUGCAAUGCACGCCUCAGGCAUGGGAAUCCUAUGUUCAGAUGCAGGUCGAGAUUUUGCGUCUUCUGUUCCGGUUCGUGCAUCAGGAUGUAUUACCUUGGGAUGCCAAGAUUGAUAAUGUCGGCCUGGCAGAAGCAAGGGAGCCACAUUCAGCUCCAGUCUGGGUAUUUUGCGAUCUGGAUGGACUGCGAGACAUGACAGACUAUCCAAAUGUUGGAGGCUCUUUCAAAAGGAUUUUGCAGACCAUGAUCAACCAAGACAGCAACCUGAUGCAGCCCCACCGAAGCGAUGCGAUCGCCCAUGGCUGGCAAACUCCGUAUGAAAAAGUGCAAACUUUGAUACGUGAUGCUUUGGUGACUGGCGAAAUGGGCACUGCACGCUGGAGGUUUCCAUCGCCGAGUCCGUCUUAUUUGCAAGACCUGGAAACACAGCUCGAACAAGUGAAGCCUGAGACAGGGGACAAGGAGGCGAGCUUCCCGUAUCCUUUCACCCAAAAUCUGCAUCCAAAGUGCAUGGUGCAGCAGCUGCGUCGCCAGUGUCCUAAAGACGAUGCUUCUGAUCAAUGGCAUUUGUUUAUCUUGGCUGCACCAAAGAAGUUGUUGAUGUUGCGUGGAGAAGAAACUAUUGGCAUCUGCAAAAGACAUGGUGCAAACUUGGCGGCAGCAUCGCAGAAUUCUUCGUCUGAAGUUUUUGAGAUUACAAACUGUCUGCAUCCAAGUGGACACAUUGCCACGAUUUUUUGGCACAGAAUUGCCGAAGACUCAUGGGGUGAAGUGUGUCGUGAAGGGGUCGGAGCUAUCUUGUGUGGCUUGAAUUUGGGUCAGUGGCAAGACUCCAUGAUGAAGCAGAGUCUCCAGGACUUGAAGCAGCAGUUUCGGGUGGUGCCGGGGCAGCGUGGUUUUUUUGCACGACCAGAAAGGCCAGAUCGUCCUUUGGGGCUGACCUACGAGCAGCGUGAAAGCUCGCAGGACAUGCUGCCAUAUGAAAUGAACAGAGGGAAGAGAUCAAGAAGAUCACGUCGCAGCGCGCAAAUUCCUGAAGUCAAUCGGGAGCCUCAUGUGUUUCGAGUGGUGCAAGAUUUGCUGCGACUGGUGCACAACAUGCUGCCCCUUCAACACAUCGGCCAGAUAGAAAGGCAGCGUGCUGAGCACAAGUGUUGGGAGCGCUCAGUUGAAGGUGCCUUUAACUUCGCUACUUCAGAUCGUGUGCUUGGAUUGCUUCGCUACGUUGACGCUGGAUGGUUUCACCAAGGUGAUGAAGAUGGUGACCAUUGCAAAUAUGGUUUGCAAGCAGACAAGAUCCUAGGUGCCAUUGAAGCAUUGAAGAAGUGGUUGCGUCCCAGAGCUGGAAAGAAUGAAACGGCGGAUGCAGAGAUCGAGAAGAUGUCUUGGCGUACCACAUUGUGUUUUUAUGAAUUUGAGAUGUCUGACACAGAAAUUGACCAUCUGGCAGCGACGGCCAUCGCAAUUCUGCAUGUGCGAUGGCAGUGGAUUUCAUCGUGGCUUACCACAGAGAGGCUAAAAAUGUCUCCCGCAAGUUCAGCUGCGGCGUAA